GGAAGGAUGGGGUGCUUGAGCGUGUGGAUGAGAGAGCGCUGGAGCUUGUGAGAGGAGAGAAAGAGGAGUGGGGGGAGCUAGGAGAGAGAUCGAGGGAGGGAGCGAGGCUGGACUGCCGCUCAAACACUGCAGUCUUUCUUUUGCUCCUCUGAAGAAACUGUCUUUCUCUCCUUGGAUGAUUCUUUCCUUCGGCACUUGCUCGCUGGCUGGCUCGAACUCCGGUGGACACAGUUUCUUAAGAAGGAAGGAAGCAGCUUGAGAUGAUGGGACUUUUCAGAAGGAAGGAGUUGGCUUACUUUUUCACCUCUCCGAUGUCUUUGGAAAUGAUUUAAAGCCAGGAGGAAGUUGAAAGGCAGUGUGCUUCAGAGAGUCACCUGACUAAUUUAAGGAAUCGUCAGCGCACGGGGCAGUUGGGAAACAACUGGCAGGAGAAGAAUCAGGAGGGGCACCCAGCCAAUGAGUUCUCUGUUCUCAAUGCUUUUUGUUCACUGACAUUAUACCCAUUCUUAUAUCAUCUCACGUUGUUGAGUUCCCUGCUUUGAUCGCGCGUCAGCUAAACCACAAGUGGAUUCAGGGUCUGGAUGUAGCGAGACAAGACUGAAGCUGCAGUGAGCGUGUGACUGAAACAAGUCACAGAAAGUCACACAGAACAGACUUGGACGUUCUUGGAUUGUAUUACCAGUUCUGAGCAGCUGAAGAGGUCAAGUCAAAUCCCCACGGUCGCCAGCCUGAUUGAACUGUUACAAGAUAAAACUGCUUUAUUUUUCAGAGCAAGGAACCUGAGGGAUUACAGAGAUGAACAAGCGUGAGCAGAGAUUAUGCCCUAAACACCCUCAAUUAGCCGUCCAGCUCUCGGUCCUUUCCUAAAUCAACCUGGAGGUCAUUGGGGUCUAAGGGGCCAACUCUGGUUCAAGCAGAACAGCAUUUAAGAAAGACUUUUUCUCCUGCCAUAAUGAGGCGUUCAAGCACUGAUGAGACUCCGUACAGAAGAAGUCCGUCUCUGGACAGUAAACCUGACACGCCACCAUUUUCAUCUGGAUUUCACCGCUUCAGCGGAGAGUUUGAGUACAAGCGGCCGCCGUUUGCCUUCGGCUUCCACACCACCAAGGGUCCACAGACCUCAAAGGGGCGCUAUGCUCAGGGGAAGAAGUAUGUGGUGUUUUACUUGGACCUCUCCUUCAUCUUCCUUCUAGAACUGCGCCGUUGCAGGAUGGCAGAGGGAUGUAUGAUGGCCCUUCGCUAUGGGAUGGUCUUCUUCAACCUUCUCUUCUGGUUGGGGGGAUGUGGCAUCUUAGGGGUGGGAAUCUGGCUGUCAGUGACCCAGGGAAACUUUGCAACCCUGUCGUCAUCCCUCCCUUCUCUGUCGGCCGCCAACCUGCUCAUCGCCGUGGGGACUAUUAUCAUGGUGAUCGGCUGUCUGGGCUGUGUAGGAGCUGUCAAAGAGAGCCGUCCCCUGCUGCUGACGUUCUUCAUCCUGCUCCUGCUCAUCUUCUUCUUGGAGUUCCUGUCCAUCCUGCUGUUCUUCGUCUAUCAGGAGGAGAUCGAUUAUUACGCCCAGAGCGACUUGAAAGAAGGACUCCAACUUUUCGGCACAGAGGGAAACGUCGGUUUGACCAACGCCUGGAUGAUCGUACAAACUGACUUUCGCUGCUGCGGUGUGACCAACCACACGGACUGGUUUGAGGUCUACAACGCCUCUCGUGUUCCGGACUCCUGCUGCCUGGAGUACAGCGACAACUGUGGCCUGGACAACCCGGGGACCUGGUGGACAGCGCCGUGCUACGAGCGAGUCAAGGACUGGCUGAAUGAAAACCUGGUGGCACUUUGGAUUUUUGCUCUAUGCACAGCCCUCACACAGAUCCUGGGUCUGGUCUUCUCCAUGACCAUGUUCUGUCAGGCAGUAAAAGUAGAGACCUUCUACGCGUAGAGCGCCACGUCGCUGCACCUCACCGCUCCUGGAUCCUUCUUAGAGGAAGAGAUGUAAACCUUCUCCUGCCCUGCUUCUCUUUCCCCCCCACGACAGACUCUAACUCCCGGGACGUGCUCCCACUCUGGCAUUUCUUCUGGAGUGACACCAGCUCCUCUGCUCUCUGACUAACAAGCACAGUGUCUGUAUUUAUACCUCCGUUGUUUCCUUGAUUCUUGCUUUAUGUCGCUUAUUUCUGUGAUGCAUUUUACCACGCAGUAUUGAACAUGUAUAAAGAUAUGUAACCGAACCCCUUUUUUAAAAAUGUCGUUUAAAUUAUUUUAAGUGUGUGUGUGUGUUUCAAAAACCAGAGCUGAUGCUGAGGAAAUGUGGAGUGUUGCAGUUGCAUGUCUCCUGGGACGGUGUGUAAUAAAUGUUAUGGCUUUAUGAAACCAUGUGUCAUGACGGAACCGGAGCGACUCUUUGAUGUUAUUUUCAUUUAAAAAAAAAUGAAAUAAAAGUAUGUGAUUAUAACGUCUAAACAUUAUAUUUCAAAAAAUGUUUUUUUUUCUUUCAAAAUAUUUUAGAAAUAGAAAAGGCUAUUACAAUUUAGACGUCCUGCACGUUGAGGUUAAAAUAGCAGCAGCCGCAGUGAGGAGCUUCAUUACCACAGACACAGUGAUUAAAUCCCUCUUUCCUCCACUGCUGUAUAAUUGGAAUCAUCUUUCCCCUUGGAGACUGGACACUGUGAUACCCUGAUAAUAAGAAUAAACAAAGGGAUCACUGCAGAGGCGUCGUGAGAAAAACUGACCCUGAUCUUUAUUAUUUCACUCCAGGAGUCACGUAGAGCAAGUUUUGUGGCGCAGCUGAUUUGUUGCUUGUGCUCCCUCGCCUUUCAAUUGCUUCCUGUUUUGUUCCUGAGCAUUCGCUCCUGCCUGUUUAACAUUCAAGCCUGGGCUCAAAUACACAAGAUUCCAUCAGCGUUUUAUCAGCUUCUCUCCUCAAAUGUCAUUGAGCCCCUUGAGCCGCCAGCAGGUACGAGUGCGAGACUCUGGCUCUGCUGUUUGAGAUUAAACAUUAAAAAAAAAAGCCAGUGUUAGUAGUUUUUUCAUCA